GACAGUGGACUUCCCUCUCACUAAGGGUAACAGCCAAAGAACUUUCUCUCGUCAACAAGAACAAAUCAUCAGCUAUUGUGGAAAUAUUCUCCAAAACACUGAAAAUCUCCCCCAGCACUUUAGAAGGGGAGCCCUGACUGUGUUAAAGAAGAAGUGGGAGAACCCAGUGCCGGGAGCAGAGUUGCACACAGACCCAGUGCGAAACAGCAGCUCUGAGAUUAGGCACAGAGUCGACCGUCCUCCUGCUGAGGUGACAAGCAGCUCCACUUCUGGAGCUGGAACUGACCAGGACGGACAGAGCCAGCCCAGACCUAGACUUGGGUCACGCCCUGAACCCCGUAUUCAGCGUCGGUAUCAUCCUCAGGACAGUGAAGAUCUGAAAGACCACAACAUAACUGAAAGUGACAACAUGGAAAAUUGUCUGGGAGAUUCCAGACAUGAAGUUGAGAAAUCUGAAAUCAACGAAAACGCAGAAGCUUCGAGCAAAAUAGAGAAAUAUAGUGUCCCACUGAACAGGCUUAAGAUGAUGUUUGAAAAAGGUGAACCAACUCAAACCAAGAUUCUUGGGGCCCAAAGCCGGAAUGCAGGUGGAAAAAGGAUCUCUGAAAACAGCUAUUCUCUGGAUGACUUGGAAGUAGGCCCAGGUCAUUUGCCAUCCUCUGCAUUCAGCCAGGAGAAAAACGAGAGUCGGAGAAAUCUGGAGCUCCCACGCCUCUCAGAAACCUCCAUAAAGGAUCGAAUGGCCAGGUACCAGGCAGCUGUGUCCAAGCAAAGUGGUUCAGCCAGCUAUACGAAUGAGUUGAAAGCCAGUGCUGCUGAAAUCAAGACUCAUAAAUUGGAGCAAAAGGAGAAUGUGCCCCCGAGUCCUGAGGUCUGCAUCUCCCAUCAAGAGGUAGAAAAGAUUUCUGCAACUGAGAAUAGACUAGCAGUCCAUUCCACCGCUGCUGAAGAUGACGCCUCAGGUGACUCACAGGUGAAGAAUGAGGCGCAGCUACCUGUGUCCCCCACACUGAGUCCAGAUGCCAGAGCGUCCAGCCUUCCUGAAAACUCUCCUCCCAAGAUGGUGAAGAAGUUUCAGGCACCUGCCAGAGAGACCUGUGUUGAAUGUCAGAAGACAGUCUACCCCAUGGAGCGUCUCCUGGCCAACCAACAGGUGUUUCACAUCAGCUGCUUCCGUUGCUCCUAUUGCAACAACAAACUAAGUCUAGGGACAUAUGCAUCUCUACAUGGGAGAAUAUACUGUAAGCCUCACUUCAAUCAACUCUUUAAAUCUAAAGGCAACUAUGAUGAAGGCUUUGGGCACAGACCACACAAGGAUCUGUGGGCAAACAAAAACGAAACCGAGGAGUCCUUGGAGAGACCAGCCCAACUUCCAAAUGUGGCAGGAACGCCACAGAGCCCAGGAGUAGAAGAUGCCCCCAUUGCAAAGGUGGGUGUGCUGGCUGCAAGUAUGGAAGCCAAGGCUGCCUCUCAGCCAGAAAAGGAAGACAAGCCAGCUGAGACCAAGAAGUUGAAAAUCGCCUGGCCUCCCCCUGCUGAACUUGGCAGCUCAGGAAGUACCUUGGAGGAAGGAAUCAAAGUUUCUAAGCCCAAGUGGCCCCCUGAGGAUGAAGCAAACAAGCCAGAAGCUCCUGAGGAUGUAGAUCUGGAUCUGAAAAAGCUGAGAAGGUCUUCCUCACUGAGGGAGAGAAGCCGCCCAUUCACGGUCGCAGCUUCAUUCCGAACCUCCUCUGUCAAGAGCCCCAAAAAUCUGUCCCCACCUAUCAGGAAAGGCUGGAGCAUGUCAGACCAGAGUGAGGAGUUUGCAGAAGGGGUAGUGGCAGAAAGGAAACAAGUGGAAAACACCAGGGUUCCUGAGAAGAAUGAGCGCAUGGAGAAAAAGACCUGGCAGAAUAAGGAGUCUAAUAAAAGAGAAGAGACAGGGGGAAGAAGUAGGGAAAUUCAUAGUUUUGAGAUGGGAAGUGAAAAUCUUGCAGAAAAUGGUGCAAACCUUGAUGAUGAUUAUAGCCGCCUCCUCAAAGAGCAGUCUCCAGUAGAACCCAAGACUCCAAAUUGGUCCACCUUUGCAGAUACCACUGCCACUAAAGAAUGCAUUCCUCAGAAUCAGAAAUCCCAGGAUAUGGGAUUCUGGGAGGGAGAAGUGGUCAAAGAGCUGUCUGUAGAAGAACAGAUAAAGAGAAAUCGGUACUAUGAUGAAGAUGAGGAUGAUGAGGAAUGACAAUCUGCAGUGGUGCUGGGCCUUAAGUCCAUCUUAGUGAACCACUGCCCUUUGUCAGAGUGAUGAGAGAAAUGGGAAUCCUAAUAGGAACUGUCAUGUUUGUGCAAGCAACUUUGGAAAUGAAUUCCUG